CGGCGGGAGCGCGCGCGCCGGGGCGGUGGCGGUUGAGGCGGCGGUUGAGGCUAGGCCGAAGGCGCUGUAACCGGACGGCUGUAAACGUUGCCCGCACCGUUCCUUGCUGCUACGGGCCCGGACUGCCGCAGUGCCUCUGUGCUUCCGCGACCGCUGCUCCGCAGGAGGAAAGCUUUACCUCGGCUCUGCCCCGACUACCGAGGGGAACCGCUGCACUAUGAAAACGAUGACAGGGUCAAACGAGUUCAAACUAAACCAAACGCCAGAUGAUGGUAUUUCAUCGGUAAAGUUCAGUCCAAAUACAUCUCAGUUUCUGCUUGUUUCGUCCUGGGACACAACUGUCCGGCUCUAUGAUGUUCCUGCCAACACCAUGAGACUCAAAUAUCAACAUUCAGGAGCUGUCCUUGACUGUGCUUUUUAUGAUCCAACCCAUGCCUGGAGUGGAGGAUUAGAUCAGCAAUUGAAAAUGCACGAUCUAAACACGGACCAAGAAAACCUAGUUGGUGCCCACGAUGCUCCUAUCAGAUGUGUUGAGUAUUGCCCAGAAGUGAAUGUAAUGGUGACUGGAAGCUGGGAUCAAACAGUUAAACUAUGGGAUCCCAGAACUCCUUGUAAUGCAGGAACUUUCUCUCAACCUGAAAAGGUGUACACACUUUCUGUGUCUGGAGAUAGGCUAAUUGUGGGGACUGCAGGUCGGAGAGUGCUGGUGUGGGAUUUGCGCAACAUGGGUUAUGUUCAGCAGCGAAGAGAAUCAAGCCUGAAGUAUCAGACCCGCUGCAUUAGAGCAUUUCCAAAUAAACAGGGUUAUGUGUUAAGUUCUAUUGAAGGCCGUGUUGCAGUGGAAUAUUUGGAUCCAAGUCCAGAAAUACAGAAGAAGAAAUAUGCGUUCAAGUGUCACCGUUUGAAGGAGAAUAACAUUGAACAGAUUUAUCCAGUUAAUGCCAUUUCUUUCCAUAAUGUCCACAACACGUUUGCUACAGGUGGUUCUGAUGGAUUUGUAAAUAUUUGGGAUCCCUUUAAUAAGAAACGGCUGUGUCAGUUCCAUCGGUAUCCUACUAGCAUAGCAUCACUUGCCUUCAGCAAUGAUGGAACCACCCUUGCAAUAGCUUCUUCAUAUAUGUAUGAAAUGGAUGACAUUGAACAUCCUGAAGAUGGUAUCUAUAUUCGCCAAGUGACAGAUGCAGAAACAAAACCUAAGUCUACUUAGACUUCUGGUGAUAUCCCUUUUCUACAAAAGAUGCCCACGUGCUCCUAACAAGACCAAACUAAAAAGAAUAGAAAUGGGAAGAACAAUCUUUGUAUUGAUAUUUUUAACUAAGAAAUAUCUGUUUGUAUGUUGCAGUAUGUCAUAAUCUGUCAUUACUUUUCUGCUUAAAACAGUAGUGAAUCAAUGUUUACUUUAACUGCUGUCUGUAGGUAAAAUAGUUCUUUCCUGUAGGUAACUUUGCUUAUACGAUUUCUUAACAACUUAAAACAUUUUGUUGUAUCCUAAUUAUGAAAACUUCCAGUGUUCUCAGAAUUGUUCAAUAAAUAUACAUCUUAGGGUUUUUUGAAAAUAAAUUUUGUGUAAUAACCUUUACUGUUGGUGAAACAAACAUUGAGUUCUAGAUACUUCAUUAUGGGAAAUUUCUUAACCUUUGUCUUCUGAGUGAAGUAAAAGGGGAAUACUUUCCUCACCUGAGGAUGUUUAACUAUUCAGAUAAUGUGUUCACAGUACUGUGAAAGUCUAGAGUUGUAUUAGGAGUGCUGUGUUAUCUUGAUGACUUGAUAUUACUGGAAAACUGUUUUAUCAUUUCUGAAGGAAAGUGAGACCUCUGUAGCAUGUAGUGCUCUUUAGUUUGUCAUAUGCUACUACUGUGUAUUUGUAGAGAAGCCCAAGGUUAAUCAUGCAUGUGAAGAAUUGAGGGUUGAGGGAAGCAAAUUGAGACCUUGAGCUAUAGCAGGUUGGUUUGUUCAGAGUCUGCAAGUUUGACCUGAGAGCCUCAAGUCUGUAGUAUCACAAAUAAAGGUAGAAAAGAACAGUGCUAAGAGUGCAGAUGCAAUUCUGGCCACAUCAGCAAUGCAGUAUGCUCUUUCUCUGUAUGUUUUGUUUGCCUUAUUGCCACUUGGUCAGAAGUGUAAUUUGUAGUCAGAAUGUUGUAUCAGCCACCUGAGGAUUUGGAGCGUAAGAGGGAGAAAUGAUCGAACUUAAACAUUUUAAUUUCUGUUUGGAAAGUAGUAUGAGGAAAACACUUUAGGUACUCUGUAUAUGUCUGUCUCGUUCUGUUUUUUUUUUUCCCUCUCUAGGUCCGCUCUAAUCAAGAAAAUAAACCUGCAAAUCUAUCUCAAAUAAAAGAAUAUUUUCUGUGCUGAAUA